AUGAUCAGCGGAGGCCCCACUUUGGCGGGACCCUCUAACCGGUCAGUAAAGCAAUAUGUGUGUGACGCUCACUACCCCCAAGUCUUCGGCAUUGAAGAGAAUCGGUGCCGCAAGGUCCCGAAGGUGGGAUGGGAGCCCAUCACAUUUUCUGAAGACGGGGAAGAAUGGAUCAUUUACCCCCACGAUGACCCCAUGAUCAUUCGGGCCGAGAUGGCCGACUACGAUGUAGGUCGGGUGUUGAUCGACACUGGGAGUUCGGUAAAUGUGAUUUUUGCCGAUGCCUUCAAAGGACUGGGAAUUGCCGACAGUAUGGUCAAUCGGCAGAUAACGCCUCUCCUCAGCUUUUCUGGGGAUCUAGUCCAGCCAGUCGACAGUAUUAGUCUGCCCAUCGCCUUCGGCGUUGCCCCCAGAAAAACGAUGACCUACGACCAAUUCCUCAUCGUCGACUACCCGACGGCAUACAACGUCAUCAUAAGACGAACGGCACUCACCAGAGUCAAAGCCCACUUGUCCCCCCACAUGUUGCUGAUGAAAUUCCCUACCUGCAACGGUACUGGCGUUGUCCGGGGGGACCAACUCAGCGCACGGACGUGCUAUGCCACUGCUCUUAAAUUGGUAGCUUGCAAGCCGCCAAUGGAAGCUAUGUCUGUGCAGGGACUACCGAAUGGUAGCGAGUCUAUAGAUGACCCAAGGGAGGAAACGCCAACGCUGGUGGUAAAGAUCGGCACCAACCUAGGUCCCGACCUACGGAAGCAGUUCAUUGACUUUUUGCGACAACAGGCGGAGGUCUUCGCCUGGUCUUACGACGAUAUGCCCGGCAUAUCACCUGACGUCAUCAGCCACAAGCUCAGCAUCUCCCCUGCCCAUAAACCAGUCAGACAAAAGCACCGUUCGUAUGAUGCCGAAUGGUACGAUGCUAUGUGUACCGAAGUUGACAUGCUCAAAGCCAUCGGCUUUAUCAGGGAAGCUACGUACCCUGUCUGGCUUGCCAACUCAGUCAUGGUUCGGAAGGCAAAGGGAGGAUGGCGAAUGUGUCAGAACUAUACCCACCUGAAUAAGGCAUGUCCGAAGGACAGCUUCCCAUUGCCGAGGAUCGAUCAGCUCGUUGACGCAAUCGCUGGGCACGAGCUGCUCAGCUUCAUGGACUCCUAUUCAGGGUACAACCAGAUCUUCAUGGACCCUGCCGAUAGCGAGCAUACGACAUUCAUCAUCGACCACAAGUUGUACUGUUACAAUGUCAUGCCUUUCGGCCUGAAGAACGCGGGGGCAACGUAUCAACGGCUCGUCAAUCGGAUUUUUGCUAAGCACAUCGGCGACAUUAUGGAAGUAUAUGUCAACGACAUGUUGGAAAACCUAGCCCUCAUGUUCGGUAUACUAAAGGACUAUCGAAUGAGGUUGAAUCCAACGAAGUGCGCCUUCGGUGUAUCUUCGGGUAAAUUUCUCGGAUUCAUGAUCAGCCAAAGAGGAAUCGAGGCCAAUCCCGAGAAAAUCAAAGCCAUAAUCGACAUGGAGACAUCGAAGACGCAGAAGGACAUUCAAAGCCUUACCGGACGUGUCGCUGCCCUAACGCACUUCAUCUCCAAGGCUACCGAUAAGUGUGUACCGUUCUUCAAAGCCUUGAAAGGGGGCAAACAUCAUAUCGCAUGGACUCCCGAAUGCGACCAAGCAUUUCAAGACUUGAAGAACUACAUGAGCAGGGCACCAUUGUUGUCAAAAUCGCUUCCCGGAGAAGUUCUCUUCCUCUACCUCUCAGUAUCAAGCACUGUCGUUAGCUCGGUAUUGAUACGGAAGCCAGAGAAGGCAGAGCUACCAAUUUUUUAUAUCAGCAAGGCUCUUCAAAGCGCGGAACUUCGGUACCCACCCUUGAAGCAGCUGGCGCUUGCCCUUAUUGUCUCGGCGCGAAGGCUCCGCCCAUACUUCCAAGCACACGAGAUCACGGUACUGACCAAUCAGCCCCUUCGGCAGGUACUUCAAAAGCCAGAAACGUCAGGCAGGCUGGUCAAAUGGGCGAUCGAGCUCGGAGAAUUUGACAUACAAUUCAAGCCAAGGCCUGCAGAGAAAGGUCAAGCCGUCGCCAACUUCAUCUCUGAGCUCACACCUGCACCGUCGGAAGCACCCUCUCCGAACGCUGUUAUUACAGAACCAGGAAACAUGGAUGCCAAUCGCUUUGAUCCUUCUGUACCUCUGUGGAUCCUGCAUGUUGACGGCUCGGCAAAUCAACAAGGCUGUGGAGCUGGGUUGGUGUUAACUACUCCAGACGGAUGCAAAGUUGAAUAUGCCCUCCGAUUCAACUUCAGAACCUCUAACAAUGAGGCAGAGUACGAGGCUCUCUUGGCCGGCCUUCGGCUAGCCAGGAGCAUGAGCGCUAAACAAAUCAGCAUUCACAGUGACUCCCAGCUCAUAGUGAAUCAAAUAACGGCAGACUUCGCAGCAUGGACCCAGCUCAUAGUGCCUCCAUGUCCGCCUACCUAUCGGCAGCCCACCAACUCCUACAAAAGUUCCAGGCCUACGAAAUUCGGCAGAUUCCCAGGUCAGAGAACAGCCACGCUGAUGCACUCUCGCGUUUAG